GGCAUUCCUCUGAACUGCCCUACGUUUAGGCACAAGUCGGGCACUUUCCCCACGGUCCCUCAGUCCACGCAUGUCCUUCGCCCUGGUAGUACUAUCUAGAUUACAGGAAAUUUACUAUGAUGAACUUUGCUGCCAUAAGAGGCUUGAGUGGAGCUCACCACAGUAUUCGUACAAUACAAAAACAGACAUUACACUUUCAACAACUCCGCAAAAUGUCUCAGUCCAAACUCCCCGUCACUCUGCUGGGUUCCAUGGCAUUUGGUGGACGCGCGGACGCGCACAUGAGCGCGAAGCUGGUGCAGGUGUUCUUAGAACGCGGGCACGAUGAGCUGGACACUGCAUACAUGUACAAUGAUGGGCAGGCAGAGACCAUCAUAGGAGACAUGCAACUUCCUAAAACAGUUCGAAUCGCGACUAAAGCAAACCCCUGGGAGGGAAAAACACUCAAACCAGAAAGUGUGCGGAGUCAGCUGGAAACGUCCCUGAAGAGGCUGCGCAGACAGUGUGUGGACAUCUUCUACCUGCACGCGCCGGACCACCAGAACCCCGUUCAACACACACUAGAGGCCUGCAACGAGCUCCAUCAGCAGGGCAAAUUCAAGGAGCUGGGCUUAUCAAACUAUGCAUCAUGGGAAGUGGCAGAAAUCUGCAGCAUCUGCAAACACAAUAACUGGGUGCUUCCUACUGUAUAUCAAGGCAUGUAUAAUGCAACCACACGACAAGUGGAGACUGAGCUACUGCCAUGUUUAAGAUACUUUGGCAUCCGCUUCUAUGCAUACAAUCCCCUGGCAGGUGGGCUCCUCACUGGGAAAUAUCACUAUGAAGAUAAAGACGGCGCUCAGCCCGCGGGUCGAUUCUUCGGGAACAGUUGGGCUGGUGCUUACAGGGACAGAUACUGGAAGGAGAGUAACUUCCAAGGCAUAGAUGGUGUACAGAAAGCUCUAGAAGCAGCGUACGGCUCAGAGAAACCCACCCUCACAUCAGCUGCUAUCCGCUGGAUGUAUCAUCACUCUCAUCUGAAGGGAGACCAGGGUGACGGGGUCAUUAUCGGGAUGUCCACCAUGGAGCAGCUGCGUGAGAACCUGACGGCAGCAGCAGAAGGUCCACUGAAACAGGAAGUCGUGGACGCUUUCAAACACGCCUGGGAUUUAGUGGCCCACGAGUGUCCCAAUUACUUCCGCUAGACAGCCCAUGACAAUUAGAGAGAAAAGAUAAUAAUAUGAAGCCUGAUUUAUAAGAACCAAUACAGAGAUUGCUUUAUUUUUCUAUGGUCAAGUGACAAAACAGUGAUAAAUUGAGUUGGACCAGCCUUCAGCUUCCUAAUAAACACAAUGACAAAAUCAAACCUCUUUCUGAGCUCACCAACACUUAAUGUAUUACAUUUUCCCCACGUUUACAUGAGAAUGCAAUAAAGGCAUCUUGAUGGA